UUGUAUCACUGUGAACAUUAUCAACUAUAUUAUGUUAUCCAUUGUUGCUGAUAACUCUGCAGCCGCCUAUUUAAGUAAGAUGCACCGGACACGUGGCAUUAUGCGUUGCAAGUUGUUCCACGCGCCUCGUUCAUGGCUCGUUCAUUGCUCCUUGUGGUGGUGGUGACAGUGUGGUUGUCCUCGGCGGCAGGUUCCUCUAUCUACUUCGACUACGAAGAUGUGUUGGCGAGGGUUGACGAAACAGUGGAGCUCACCUGCGGCGUGGAGGGUCGCCUUCGUCUUUGUGCCUGGGAGACAGAGCGCGGCGAUGUCUUUCAGGUGGAGGACGUGCACGCGGGUGUACAUCCGGGCAUGAGGGCGCCAUCCAACCUCACUCACAACCAAUGUGGCAUCGUCAUGGACGCCUUGACAGAAAGGAACCUUGGGAAGUGGACCUGUCGGGUGUACUUGGACGGUGCGACCUUGAAGCUCGAGAAGACUGUUGGCAAGGCGCUGGAUUGCCCUCAACCUUUCUCACAAAUAGGCACCGAAUGCUACUACAUUCAUCGCGCACACAAAAUGAACUGGGACAGUGCACGUGAAUUCUGCCAGGAUUUGCAUCAGAACACUGACCUGGCGGUGCUCGACGACUGUCACCAGUUUCAACUGGUGUGGAACAAGAUUGUCGUUGACUACGAGAAGAUCUGGUACUGGAUCGGCGGUAGUGACCGGCACGACCCGGGCUCAUGGCACUGGGUAACCGGCGAGCAGGUGCCCAUGGGGACACCCUUCUGGCUUCCCGGAUCACCUGAUAAUAACGGCGGAUGCCUGGACCUUUCAAGUUCCCACGGCUAUUUCAACGACUACAAUUGCUCGUCGACGUCAUACUUCAUCUGCCAAAUACUGUAUUAAGCUGUCAGGUGUGAGUCCACAGAACUAUGAGGCGAGACAGCGUUCACAAGCCUAACAACACAGGAAGAAGUAAAUGUGGAACCGCUUUCUCACCUGUCAGGGAAACAAUCCUGCUAUCAUUUGUUCCGUGCUCUGUGUUGGCCACCUUUAAUUAUCCAUAUGAUACUAAAUAUUAAAAUGAUUCUAUGCUUCCGCUCUACCAAUGUAGCCUGCCGGAGGGAUCCACACGCCCUGCUCCAGAUAGUAGGAUUGGAGUGAUGGCAGGGAGUUGUCGGUGAGUGACAGUGCCAUAGGUGUUGUGAAUGACAAAAUGAAAUUGCAAUCUGACCUCGAUCGCUUAGUCUUUUGGUCAGAUAAGUGGCAGGACAGAUUUAAUAUUGAUACAUGUAAAGUGUUGCAUAUAGGGAGUAAAAAAUGAUCGUGUAAAUUAUUCAUUGAACGGCUCCGUGCUUCUCACAGUUAACGAAGCGAAAGACUUAGGAAUAACGGUUACCUCAGACCUCAAAUCAAGUCAACAUUGUUCAGAAAUUGUUAAGACCGGUAAUAAACUGGUUGGCUUUACUGGGAGGACCUUCGAAUUCAUAUCAGAAAUUAUAAUCCUCACAUUGUUUAAUGCACUUGGCUGACCUCAUCUUGAAUACUACCUCUAGUUCUGGUCACACUAUUAUAGGAAAGAUAUAGGCAAGCUGGAGAGAGUGCAAAGAAAAGUAACCAAGGUGAUCCCACCACUGCGAAACAAGCCCUACGAGGAGCGUUUGUGGGAGCUCAACUAGUGCAGUUUAGAGAAACAUAAAAUUCCAUAGAAUUAUAUAGAAAAAACAGGCCACAACAAACUUUGCGAUCCUUACGAGGUGACCUGACGUAGGACUACUGAUAGUAGAAGAAAAGAACAGCAAAGCAGAAGGCUCUCUCUCCACCCACCACUCCCUCCAGCAUAAGCCGUGCAGGAAAACAGGUCGGAAAUAAAUAUCGUACAGGAUUAGAGAAAGAAAAACCCAAAGGAAAUUAUAGGAAAGGACGAAAAUAGAUGAAAUGAGGUGACCUGAUUUCCUGAAGGCAAGGAAGUUAAUCUCUAACAAACAAACGCUGUUAGCCGAGGGUUGGAGGCAAAAUAUUUGUCAAGACGGUGUUAAAAAGUUUCUACGGCAUUGUAGUUUAUCACGUCUCGAGGAAAUCCAUUCCAUAGAUUAACUACACGAUGAGAAAAAAAAAAAUGAUUCAGGAGAGUUGAAGGAUUUCCCAACAAUUUUGCAAUCAUUUCCUCGCGUGUAAUUUGAAAAAUCUAUCGUGAAAUAUCUACUGUAUUACAUGUUAUCAAUGCCCUUGAUGAUUUUAAACAAUUGUGUUAAGUCGCCUCUUAGUUUCUUUGUUUUAAUGGGAACAGAUUUAGUUCUUUAAGACGCUCUUCGUAUGAUUUGUUUUUUAGGCUUGGUAUCAUUUUUGUUACUUUAUGCCGAACUCGUUCUAUUUUAUCGAUGUCUUUCUGGUAAUAGGGGCAUCAGGCUUGAACGCAAUAUUGCAAAAGGGGACGGACUAAAGAGUUAUACAAAGUGAGGAUUGUAUCAUUAUAUUUAUAUUCAAAAGAUCUGCCGAUUAAGCUAAUUAUUUUGUUUGCCUUCUUUACGACUUCUGAACAUUGUUGGCUAGGUUUUAAGCUACUCGAUAUUGUUAGUCCUAAAUUAAUUUCGCUGUCUACAUUUUUAAGUUGGGUACCGUUUAAAGUAUACAUUGC